AUGGGCCCCGCCGCCGGCGCGCUGCUCUGGGCCCUGCUGCUGCGUCUGGGCGCCCCGGCGGCGGGGGCCCAAGACCACACGGACAGCUCCACGCUGCGGCCCAGCUCCCGCGGCCCGGCCCGUACCUUCCGCACCGCGCUGUCCCGCAGGACCAGCCUGUCCCACAGGGUGACGGCGGAGGACGAGGAUGACCUCAUGGUGGACGCCGACCGCCAGGCCAGCCCCGCCGCCGCCGAGCUCCUGGCGUCCACUGUGACCGGCCUGGUUCGGACGCUCCCCGGGGAGGACGAGAGCCUGGAGGAGGGCGGCGUCGUGAUCAGCGCCAACGCCAGGAAGGACAAUCUGAAGACGGAGGCGGAGAAGAGCACGGCCAGCACCCCGGGGGGGCCCAGCUCCAGGUUCCCCGCGAACGUGCAGGAGCCCGAGAUCCGGUUGACGUCCGACCUGCGCACGACGAGCUCCAGCACGUCCGGCUCCAGCGCCGCGGUGGACGAGCCGUUCUCGGAGAACACUGAGGGCACCGAGAGCACCCUGACCACCCUGAACCAGUGGACCACCCAUGGCUCCAGCCCGAGCCCCUGGCGCACGCACUCACCCAGCAGCAUGCCGGCCCCCGAGGACCUGCAGCUGAUGCUGCUGCCCUGGGGACCCUGGCAUUGCCACUGCAAGUCGGGCACCAUGAGCCGCUCGCGGGCCGGGAAGCUGCAUGGUUUAUCCGGGCGCCUCCGGGUCGGGGCGCUGAACCAGCUGCGCACGGAGCACAAGCCUUGCACCUACGCGCAGUGUCUGUGUGACCGGCUGCGCGAGGAGUGUCCUUUGGACAACAGUGACUGCUCAGGUGCCAGCUGCACCUCUCCGCCCACCACCAAGUCCACUGCUGCGCCCAGCACCAGAACCCUCUCCACCGCCUGCCCGGAUUCUGCCCUUGAGUUUUGGAAGAGGGUCAGGGCUGGGCUGGAGGAUAUCUGGAACAGCCUUUCCUCCGUGUUCACACAGAUGCAACCAAUAGACAGAAACCGGAAGUAAUGGCCACUUCAGCAAGAGAAGGUGCCGGCAUCCCAGCCUCUCUCCUUUCAAUCCCUGCUCCCACUGGAUAUUCUUAGUACAGAAAAAACAAAACUAGAAAAAUACAUUGAUCUUGUGUCUCUUUAUACUUCACUGAGGAAGAAAGACGUAACUCUCUGAAACCUUAGAGCUAGCAUCUGGCUGGUCCCUUACCCCAGUUCCCUAGAUAAAAUGCUGAUGUUACUCAUGAUCUUCACUUUCAGAGUUGUCAUUAAUCAAUUUGGUUGGGGGAGGGAAGGCUUUUUGGUUUGGGGCCACACCCAGUUCUGCUCAGGGCUUAGUCCUGGCUCUGUGCUCAAGCUCAUUCCUGGCAGGCUCGGGGAACUACAUGGAGUGCUCCAGAUCGGACUGGAUUGGCAGUUGCAAGGCAAGCUCUGGUCCGACAAGCACUUCUGUUGGAGGGUUCUAUUAAUGUGGGGGCCAUACCUGGUGGGGCUACCAUUUCAGCCCUGGCCCAACAAGUACUUUUUUUUUUUUCUUUUUUGGUGAGGUGGAGUCACCCAGUAACGUUCCAGGGUUACUUCUGGGUCUGCAUUCAAGAAUCAUCCCCAGUGACCAUCAGCAGGGGACAAUAUAGGGUGCUGGGGACUAAACCUGGGUGGGUUGCUUCAGAGAAAACGUCCAACCUGUUGUACUAUGGCAUCAGCCCAAACAGUAACUUUUUUUUUUCCAGACAAAAAUCACAGAUAAAAGCCAAGGUUAGAGGCCAAGGCUGAUGGUGGCCUCCCAGCCUUCUCAGGAAGGCAAAUUAUUGUUGACAAAAUCCAUCAGCCACUUUCCGGAAAUUCCCUGCCCCAACCACAUCCAGCCAACACACAGCUAAAUGAUUACUCUGUGACUGUUUUGCUUACAUUUUUAUUUGAAAAAAAAGUAUUUAAAAGUCCAAUAAGUUCUUAAUAUAAAUUAUACCUCUCAUUCCCAUCACUCUGGUGAUGGUGGCACACGCUUAAUAUAUUUGGAGAGAAGUGAAGGCAAGAGCACCGGAGAAAAGGCUGUGUCCAGAGAAGAGACAUCAGAAUAAGGCUGAAGAUCAGGGUGACCUGAGGCCCCAGGAGUGUCGUUCCUUCCCCGCCCGAUCGCCUCAUCUUUCUAGCCUGCUCUGUAACCUCAGGCUUCUUUUUACCCUUUGGGGUUCAGGAGGCUCCAGCCCAGGGGCUCAAAGCCGAGGCCAGAGUGCUACUGAGUGACACCCCAGCACAAGUCUCCAGGCUGGUGAGGUGCUGUCAGCACAGUCAGCCGAACUGGGCCCGAGAGUAAAGGAGACCCUGUCUGACCCAUCAGAAAUAAAACAUGGGGGGAAAAUCAUAGUAAACGCACUCCAAUUGGAAAUAGACUGUAGACAGUGGCACAGUGGAUGGAUGGUGGGAUGGGCACCAGUGCCUUCCCAUCAGACAAGGGUCUCCGCGAUGGAGUCAGCAGGAGCUUGUCUAAUCUGUUCUGCCAGGCAGGGGCCAGAACAAAGGACACCUGAGAAAACCGAAAAAGCCUCUAGACCCCAGCCCUCCUCCACUUUCCCACCAGACUCUUGAGUUGGGCGGGGAAUUGGCCAUGGUUUUGGUCUGCAGACUAAACUCCCUGAGCCUCAGCUGUGUCUGCUUGUAGGACAAGGAUGCAGAGGCGGAGAUGGGGCGGGUCCUUCCCCUGAAGGAUUCUGUGUCAUACCCAUCAGAGACGGGGACCCGGGCGAGCCGAAAGAACUGUUUGGAGAUUGUGUUGGGCUUGUCACCAGGGGCCCAGUUCGUCCAAGGCUGAGGCGCAGGGUGAAUAAGGGGAAGGGUCUGGGACAGGGGUGGGGGUGAAAACCACUUGAACGAUCUUGGCUGUUAGAGUGGUGGUGGGGGAUAGGGAGAAAUGGGGACUCAUAGACAUCUUGCAAUGUCUGGGGACAUUUUGGGUUGACAUUACCAGGAUGGACCAGAGAUACCGCUAAGCAUCCGAAUAUGCACAGGACAGUCCCCAUUGCAAAGAAUUAUCCAGCCUGAAGGUCAGAGGAGCAUAAUCUACAAAUCUUGCACUAGGUCAGAAUUUCUCAACCUUUUUCUGACCAUGUCCCCCUUUCAACAGCUUCCUGCUGGUGGUCCUUUGGUCAGUUGAUUCCCUAAUACAGUUUUCACCUGCGGCCCCCGUGGAAAAUCCUUGGGCCUAGAGGGGGCCAUACGGCUGUCAGCUGAGAAAUAACCAGUGAGAAGAUCUGCUCCCAUGCUCUGAGAAUCUUAGGGUGCCUAAACUCAUAGCUGAGGACUUCAGCCUGUUUUCCUACCAGACUUUUCUGUUCUCCAGGGGUCUGGAAGCCCCUCACACCUCAUCCCCUGGCUUGGCUGUUUGCUGGGCUUCUCUCCAGCUCCCCUCUGUCCUCUCACCUGAGCCAGCAGGGAGGUUGGCAGAAGGCCCACAGGUCCUCAAAAAGGUCAACGGAAUGUCGUUGGGCUGAGAUCCACCUCUGAAUGCUCCCUCAGUGGGAAACGGGUGUUUCUCAUGGGGGUGUUGUGAACAGGAUGGGGGAUGAUUAACAGAAUUCAAAUUAAAUGUUUAAAAAAAAAAAAAA